AUGCUUGCAGCUCGACUAUUGCCAUUUCGGGCAACCCGGGGAUCCCACGGACUCCGGGGCAGCACGCGCCUUUCGCUCCAGCAACAUGGAGCCUUGUGCAUUCGAGACACGUCUCGCCCCCGAUGCAUUUGGACACAAUCAUCGGGCCUGACCCGGCUACCCACCAGUAAGCCUCGCAUGUUCUCCUCAAUCGGAACACUGGACGCUAAUGGCUAUAGACUGGCCACUGCUACAAAACGCAUUCUUUCCAAAAUCCCCCUUAAGUCAAGCCAUGAGAACAUUUACACCGUCCCCAACAUUCUGACCUUCUCCCGUCUCGUGGCUGCACCUGCUGUGGGUUACCUACUCGUACACAACUAUCAUGCCGCGGCACUGUCCCUGUUCGCAUAUGCAGGUAUCACUGACUUGGUCGAUGGCUGGAUUGCCCGAAAAUACCAGCUGCAGACGGUCGUGGGAACCAUCAUCGACCCGAUGGCCGACAAGCUGUUGAUGACGAUCGGAGUGGCGUGUUUGGCAGUGAACGGAUCCCUUCCCGUGUGGCUUGCCGUUAUUAUCCUCGGUCGAGAUGUCGGUCUAGCUAUCUCGGCUAUCUAUUAUCGAUGGAUCUCGCUUCCACCGCCCAAGACUAUGGCUCGGUACUGGGACUUUUCUCUCCCGUCGGCUGAGGUCAAGCCGACUGAGAUCUCGAAGAUCAAUACGGCCCUCCAGCUGGUGCUGGUUGGCAGUGCGAUCGCCCUGCCCGUUGUUCCUGAGACGAUCAUCAGUGCCUGGCAUUUGAGCGAGGCCAUGACUGGAUUCCAGUACCUUGUGGCGGGCACAACCAUCUGGUCCGGCCUGAGCUACGUCUUCUCCAAAAACGCAGUAAAGAUUCUCUCCAAAGAGGAAGUGCAGAAGCGGAUCGCACAGGCGGCAGCAAAGCGAAAGCCCUAG